AGCUAGUGUCACAAGAGCCGAGUGCGCACGAGAACAUAACAUCCAAUGGGCCCAACUUUGCUACUACUUCCCCCCCCGAGAGAGGAUCUUGUCCACUGAGAGCGUGUGCCGACACUUUGAUUCCACCAAGCUUCUUCCACUAGGGAAGACACAAGCAUGGUUGCUGAGUUGAUUCGGAAUCUGUGAGAGUCUCAUCCGGUUGAGUUGCUCCUUUUUUGGGGGGGGGAGAUGGCAAGGAUUUACGGGAUGAAUAUUGUGUUUCUACUGUAUGGACUGGUGGUGGCCUCGGCCAAAGAGGAGGAGUGUUUGUCGGGGAAGUACACGACUGACGGAAAGUGCUGCAAGCAGUGUCCGCCGGGCGAGGGUGUCGUCCAACCGUGUGGAGCCAAGCAGACUAAGUGUUCGCCCUGCCUGGAUAGUGAGAGCUUCUCAGAAAACUUCAGCCACAUCGAAAGAUGUCAGCCCUGCACAAAAUGCACGGGUCUCUUCCGCAUGGAGACGCCGUGUACGGACGCCAAUGACGCCACUUGCGUGUGCAACUACGGCUACUACCUGAACAACCUCUCGCAGAGGUGCGAACCCUGCACCAAAUGCCCCGAGGGCCAGGGCAUGCUGUUCAGCUGUGAGUCGGACCACGACACGCAGUGCGAGGAGUGCGGCGGGGACACGUACUCGGACCAGGAAAGUUCGCGGGAGCCCUGCAUCCCGUGUACUACCUGCGACGAGGAGGAGGAGUUGCAGGCCUGCACUGCUGUCACCAAUACCAUUUGUCAAGCCCAGUACCCCUCAGUGUCCCCCACGCCCUACACGGACGUCUCCAUGUUCACCGACGACGACUUACUGAUCGACAGCCCCCCGCCCGACGGCCCAACAGACAGCAGCGCCACCACCACUGACGACGAUUUGCGCAAGGGCAUCUAUGAGAACCUGAACGACAAGCUCAUACCCGUCUACUGCUCCAUCCUGGCGGCCGUGGUCGUCGGCCUGGUGGCCUUCAUCAUCUUCAAGAGGUGGAACAGCUGCAAGCAGAACAAGCAACAAGCCAACAACUGCACGUCCAACCAGAACCAGACACCAUCGCCCGAGGGCGAGAAGCUGCACAGCGACAGCGGCAUCUCGGUGGACAGCCAGAGUCUGCAGGAGCAGCUUGGUCAGACUCAGACCCACACAGUGGUGACCAUGGACGAGGACCCCUGCUUGCUCGUCCCCCUGCACACCAGAGAGAAAGUGGAGCAGAUGCUGUUCAAGGGCGGCGAAGGGGACGACUGCAACAUGGAGGAGGACUGGUGCAACCUAGCAGGCCUGUUGGGCUAUGAGGAUGAACGUAUCGCCACCUUCCGCCAGGGGGAGCACCCCGUGCGCGCGCUCUUGUCCGACUGGGCGACCAAGGACUGCGCCAGCGUGGACGCCUUGUGCACGGCGCUGCGCAAGAUUAACCGCAACGAUGUCGCCCAGAGUCUGGCGCUCAGCCCAACCGCCCCGAAACCCACCGCCACUUCCGUGGUGUGAAUUUAGGAUUAAAUAAACCAGAUGGAUCUUUUUAUUUUUAGUGUGUGCACACGCAAGGAAAUGAGCUUUUUUGCAAAUUGAAUUCAAUCUGUAAUCAUUCCAAUGUGGAUGUGUCCGCGCACUUCUGACUUUUACUGACUUUCUUGUUGUACCAAAGAUGUGUUAAAAGUCAGGCCUAACCUUAUUUAGUGUACAUUGUAGCCUGGACCGGAUGAGGCCUCCAUCCCACCCAGUGUCUGGAUCCCUGCAAGCGUGACAAGCAGGGGAAGGAUGUUUGGAUUAUGUCAUAUGGACCUCUUUCCAUGAGGAAUAAACUUUGUCCAACGUGACCUUUGCACACUUAAGUGGUGCCCUCAGACACACCAUAUACAACACAGUGAAGGACAUUGAACUCAACAUGUACAGCGUAGACAACACACACAAACAUAUACUGUAGGUCCACACUAUGUAACCAUGCAUGCUUGUAAUAUAUAAAACACACACACACACACACACACACAUUGUUGUACUUUUUACCUUCUUGAGACCUCCAAAAAAUGCCUACCUCUAUAGGACCACCCAUUCUAGAUAUAUAAACAUUUGUAUUUACAACAUUAAUAAUAUAUACAUACUAUGCAAAUAUAAAAAAUAUAAGCUUUUAGUUUUUUUUUGUUGUUAAAUUUUUGGUUUGUAGUUGUUUUUUAAUCGUCAUUAUUUACUUAGAGUUUUUACAGUAUGUAUGUAUGUACAUAUUUAGUUUAUUUUUUUAAUUAAUUUUGGCCAAAGGGGGCGCACUUGUUAUUACAUAUGUUGGCCAGAGGGGGAGCAUUCCACUUUUUUACACACACUUGUAAUUUCAUAUGCUGACCAGAGGGGGAGCACUUUUAAAACCGACACAGAGUCAAUUUGAAAAAUCCCUCUCCAUUUUGGGACCACCCUAAUUUUGAUAGAUUUCACCACCAGGGGUGUAAAUUAGACAUUCCCUAUUAGAUGCAAUGGUUUUCCGUAUUGCAACCAUGAUUUAUGUCCUAACUUGUUCACGGGUCCUUAUAUGGAAGGUACUUUUCCUUGUUGGUGUCUCAAGAAGGGUAGAAAUACAAGAACACACACAUUCACACACACACACACACACACGCACACAAAACUUUUAAAAAAUCAAAUGUUUUUUAAAUUUUAUUUCCAUAAAUCACAGAUUGUUAAUCAAUCUAAAAAAAAAAGAAUAGAACAAGCCAACCUCCAACCCAAUCCAAGCGUUAAAGUACCUAAGAUAAGAAAUUACAAAGCAAUUGAGAAGACAUACAAAUAAAAUAGUGAAUUAAAUACGACAAAAAAAAAGGAAAAGCGACAAUGAAUGAAAGCAACAGUAUAAAUAAAACGAAUGAUAUCAAUAAUAGUUGUUUGUUUGUAAUCCAAAAAUUGCACACAAAAAAAAAAGUUUUCCUUUAUCAACAAUUCUUGAAAAUUAUGCAUCGAUUUAGAAUUAGAAUAAAUAAAAAUCGCGGUUUGGAUAUAAAUAGACUUUUUGAGCAUAAUAUUCUAAAAGUUUAAUGAGUAUUAGAAAAACUAAGUUUCCAAGUCCCAAAGACGUUUUUCAACCAAUUUGGCUAAAAGUUUACACACAAGUUUUUUGGUCCCCGCAAGGUUGUCCCAGGUUUUGUGGAGUUUUGACUAAACACCCAAAAGUCACAGUGGAAACUUUAAAACUGCCGCAGACGGACUCAGUAGCACCUCUGCUGGUUGCAGCAAAGUACUGCCCUCAAUUUCUUUCAGAUUUCCAAUAUUAUUUACUGUCAUCCCUAACAGAUAUUCUAAAAGUUUAAUGAAUAUUAGAAAAACUAAGUUUCCAAGUCCCAAAUACAUUUUUCAACCAAUUUGGCCAAAAGUUUACACCUAAGUUUGUUGGUCCCUGCAAGGCAUGUGCCAGGUUUUGUGGAGUUUUGACAAAACACCCAAAAGUCACAGUGGAGACUUUGAAACUGCCACAGACUGACUCAGUAGCACCUCUGCUGGUUGCAGCCAAGUACUGCCCUCAAUUUCUUUCAGAUUUCCAAAAUUCUUUACUGUCCAUACUUUCGGACUUCAUCUUCAUCCCUAGUGUAAGCAGCAGGAGUUUAUGAAUGAUUGCCUGCUGUACAAUAAACAGUGACACAUAAAACGCAUGCAAAAACGAUAGCCAUCUUCAAAAAAGAACACACCAAAUGCACUUACUGUAUGAUCCUUUCCUUUCUGCCUCCUUUCUCAGGGUAAAUGGAGUGAUUGUGUCGCCACUUUAACACAGCCUCUAAGGAACACAACAUUGACUCUACUCAGUGUGAUGUACACAAAAGUUUAACAACAUAAUCAAACUCUUUUAGCUUUAAGCACGCCUUCCAUUCAGUUUAUUCCAUGUGAUUUAAAUAUGCUGACCGGGGGAAAACCCGGCACCUCUUUUCUUUUGUUGAAGGAGCCAAUGUGACAUGUAUGUCCUAAUUGUUACCAAUAGCUUAGUGUUCUUUAAAAUGAAGGUGUUAUGUUAUGUUUUCAUUGUUAUUCUCUUCAAUGUAGCACUUCUGUGUGUCAAAACUCCGUUUACAUGUUGCAGAUUGUGUGGUGAUGUUGUACAGAGCAUUUAGUUAAUUCCUUGUAAAUACCAAACUCCAGCAGGGAGGAGCUAAAUAUACACUAUAUGGAUUUAAGUUACAAGAAAUAUAAUGGGACCAAUAUAAAAAUGGCAACGCAUGCAUGCUGUGCGUUACAAAUACUAAAGCCUUCUUUUUUUGACUGUACUAUAAUAACCUGCGCGUGUCCUCCCUGGACAUUUUGAAUUUCUCUGAACAGUAUUUGUUUUUGGAGCAAGAGGUUGUACAGUCGUGAAUAUGUCAUGAAUUUGCACUUGAGCGUGUUAUAGGGAUUAUGCAAAUGAGGGGAGCGCUUGAUGGCGGUGACUGAACAUGUACAGCCCUGACACUCACUGAAUGUUACUUCUAUACUAACUAACUGACUAACGCAUAAUACUGUAUUAUACCUAAUGUGAAUUGGAGAGGUUCUUAAAAUAAUAAAGCUCAUGAAUACA